UUCGCCGUUGUUGUCGCACGUACGUGUACGGAUCGUCGGCUGAAUAAAUUUCGCUUUGCUUGUGCACAAUCCGGCUUUUAAUAACAGCUAAGCAGUGCAUAAAGCUAUUUAAAAAUAACAAAGCAUAAACAACAACAAAAAAAAGUAAGAAAAGUGUCACUCUAGUUUAUAUAUAAUACUUUGUACAUGUGUUGCAACUAAUUGUAAGCAUCAGUCGUCAGCUAAGAGCAAGCAUUAGAAAAGUUCGAAGAAUUUAUGCGCUAAUUAGACAAGAGGCUGCGAAAGCUGCGCAAUUGUGGACAGAGAAGCGGCGCGCCCCCUUGCAGCCGCGCCCAUCAGCCGGCUACGGUUAGAGUGCGUGUGAUUAGUACGCGUUGGUGUUGCCCCUUCCCGCGCCCGUACUCGUACCCGUGCCCAAUUUACGUGUUCGUGUCGUCUAAGGGAGCAGGGAGCUGAGAUCUAGUUGACGUUCCUUGGCAUCUUUGGCAACGCUCGCGUAAUUUCGUGUAAAAAUAAACACGCGUAAGCGAAAAAUUAAAGAGAAAUGUCUUAAAAAGCCACUCGAAGAGCAGGCCAACAAAACAGUGCAGAAAAAUCAAAUAAGAAUUGAAAUUUAGGCCAAAAGCGGAUUACGAAAAUUGUUGCUGUAACAACAACGACAACAGUAACAACAGCAACAGCCAAGCAUAAAAGAAAGAUUUCGUCCUGUUUGUGUAUGUGAAAAAAUAAAAAAGUGAAUUGCAAAAAAAGAAAGAAAAGAAAAGCAAACAAAAAUAAAAAAUCACAACAGCAACAACUGGAAGAACAAGAGAACAUAAGUGUGUUGUGGCAAUAGCGUGUGGCAAAUAAUUCAUAUGGAAAUUCAAGUGUGUCAUGCUGGCUCAUUAACUCAAAUCGUGGAAGCUGAGAGAUAUAUGCCACGCCCCCACGCCCCUACGUUAAACCUUGUUGCGUGUUGGUUAUCAAUUAAUUUUGCUGCCAACAACAGCAGCAGCAGCAAAUAACAAUAACAACAACUGCGUCUAUAAUUUUCGCACUUUAAACGCCAGCGACAAAAGCAAACAAUAAACCAACAACAAAACGAGGCGAAAAGAAAGCCAAGCGAACUGAAUUUAAUGACACUGACGCCGAAGCGAGUUGCGGUUUCAUUUUGUAGUUGUGUGUGUGUGUGAGUAUCUGUGACUUCAAUUAAGUGCAUACGCCGCCGCCGCCCCCAGCAGCAGCGCCCACUUGCAGUUUGUCCAGAUUGGUCGCGUGCUGUCAUAAUUUAUCACAAUUGUCAACUCGUCUGGCGUCUGGCAGUAGUAAGCCAAGCAGCCAACAAUAAUAACUUAAAACUUUUAACUAACUGCUAAAGUUUGUUGUUUGUUGCUCAGGCAAAAAACGCUAAACAAACAUAAAUUUAAAGCGCUCGCGCCGAAACUUAAGCUGCACUUGGAUUAGCAAACGCAGCAGCAAAUAUUUUGCGGAAAUCAACUCUCGCCUAUGCGUGCCCGAAGCCUGCAGACAAUAAAAGCGCCAAGAAAAUAAACACAUGUGAAGUAUCCUGUGCUUCGACGAUGGCAAUUGGAAUGUGCUUUUUUUUUAUGGAGCCCCAACUUCAAGUUGCUAGCGAAUUGAAUUGAAUUUCAACUGGGCUGCAUUAAAGUCUAAAGCGGAAACGGAAACGGAAAUAGUGAACACACACAUACAAGCACGUGUAGUAGCUGCCUGUUUAUUAUCGUCACGUCAUUUGGUGCGCUUGCCAUAUCACAAUAACCACACAAACACACACACACACGCACACAUGUGCUGCAAGCAUUCAAGUAAUUGUAGUUGUUGUUGUGGCCUUGCGUUUCGUAGCUUUGACAGUUUGGCCAAAUUGAAGUUUGCUACAUAAAUGACGAGACGCAAUGACAGCAAUGCAGCUUUCAAAAACAGCACACGACAGCAGCAGCAGCAACAGCAACAACAAGGGAGCAGCAGCAACAACAACAACAAUGCACACACAUUACCAGCGACAACAACAACACAACACACAUCACAAAUCACGAACGAGGUGGACACUAAGAGCUUCAAAUAUCGCAGCCAUGUUGCUGCUAUUUUUGCUGUGUCUGCAGUUCACCCACGCCGAGGAGGAGUCACAGGAUUUUCAAAAAAACAUACCCGCACGCUUGGUCUGGGCGGCAGCUGGGAAGACGGUGGAGCUGCCGUGCGACUUGACGCCACCUACGCCACAGGAUUCAGUCAAGCUGCUGCUUUGGUUCAAGGACACCACCGGCAUACCGCUUUACAGUCUGGACUCGCGCGGCGGCAAUGUAAAGCUGGCGCCACAUGCGGCCAUAGCUAGCGAUUUGGGACAGCGACUGUUCUUUAGCAUUGCUGAAAAUCCCAAGGAUUCGCGUCUGCAGAUUAAGGACGUUAAGCCCGAGGAUAGCGGCGUCUAUCGUUGUCGCAUCGAUUUCUUCAACUCGCCCACGCGCAACUUUCGACAUAAUCUCACUUUGGUUGUGCCGCCGGAGGAGCCACGCAUAUUUGAUGCACAGGGCAAGGAAAUCUCACAGAUGGCUGGACCGUUCCGCGAGGGCUACGAGCUCUUUCUCUGCUGCCAAGUGCGGGGCGGACGACCGCCGCCCAAGGUUACCUGGUGGCGCGAUGGCAACGAGCUCAUCGGCACCAGCCACACCUCCAUUGAGGAGGGCGCCACAGUGAUGGUCAAUCAACUGCUCAUUGGCACCACCACGCGCGAUUAUUACGGCGCCCGCAUUGAGUGCCGCGCUCAGGGCACUCGACUGCUGGAGCCUGUCAGCAAGGAUGUCACCGUUCAGGUGCACUUGAAACCAGUGCGCGUGAAAAUCAUUACGCCCAACGAUCUGUUGACUGCCGGACAUCCCAUGGCCAUACGCUGCGAGUCCUGGGGCUCGUAUCCAGCCGCGAAAAUUGCCUGGCUGCUCGAUGGCGAGCCCAUACGCAAUGCUGAGGUCACUGUGCACAGUGACAAGGAGGAUGCCAACAUAACGACGAGCAUUCUAACGCUGAAGGUGACAUCAGAGAACGACAACGCCGAGCUGACAUGCCGAGCUACGAAUCCCUGGUUCUCAGGCGGUGCCAUCGAGGACAAGCGCAUUAUACGUGUGGCAUAUCCACCCACAGUCUCAGUGCACUUGGCCAAUGAGGAUCCCAGCCGCAUGGUAACACGCGCCGAGGGCCAGAAUGUAACGUUUAAAUGCCGUGCAGACGCCAGACCGCCGGUCACCAGUUACUCCUGGUUCAAGAAUGGCAUGCGUAUGUCUGGCGAGAGCACGGAAAUCAUGCACUUGACGCAGCUGGAGCGCGAGAGCGCCGGAGCUUAUGCCUGCGGUGCAACGAACACUGAAGGGGAAACGCGCAGCUCGAGCCUGACGCUCAAAGUGCAGUUUUCGCCGCGCUGUAAACCGGGCACCGAGCAAACAUCCAUUGGAGCCAUCAACAUGCACUCGAUACAGGUCAAAUGCGAGGUAGACGCCGAUCCGCCCGAGUCCGUGCGCUUCAGCUGGACUUACAACAAUACACGCAAUGUGUCGCCGGUGCUAAACUCCAGAAUACAAUCGAAUGGUCUGACCAGCACAAUGACGUAUUUGCCGCAAACCGACUCAGAGUUAAUAACGCUUGCCUGCUGGGCCAGCAAUGUGGUUGGCAGACAGACGACGCCUUGUCUAGUGCAUAUAUUGCCCGCAAAUGCGCCCGAGGCGCCCAAGGCCUGCGAACUACGCAACGAUACCGUCCUGGAGGUGGUCUGUGUGGCCGGCAGCGAUGGCGGCCUCUCGCAAUACUUUAUGCUCGAGGUGGUGGGCGGUGAUUUACUCUAUGCCAGCGAAUCGGCGGCAGGACGCAGCACACAGUUUGGCGAUACGAACGUCUUGAGCGAAAAUGAAAUAUCCACACUCAACGAUCAGGCGACAUCUGCACCCAUCUUUCGCAUGCAGGAGAAUAGUCCACAAUUUCGUUUGAAUAAUUUAGAGCCGGGACGUGAAUAUCAAUUUUUAGUUUACGCCGUUAACGCCAAGGGACGCAGCGAGCCGCCAGUGGUGAUUGAACGUGUGCGCGUGGCUGCACAACUGGGACCAUAUGAUGAAUCCAUACUCUCGGAGGAUCCAACGCCAGCGGAAACCACACACCACGUAAGCGGCAGCAGCGUUGGCGGCGUCAGCGUUAGCAGCAGCAGCAAAGCUGGCAGCCUGGGCACUGGCGCCAGCAUAGGCAACGGCCCCGAGAAGCAAUCGACGCUGCUCAUCUUGGCCGCUGUUGUGGCGAUAGGCGCCGUCGUAGUGACGUCAAUUAUCGUUGCCGGCAUUGUCGUUGUCUGCCGGCAUCGGCCGCGACCACCUGAGCCCCAGGAGGUGCGCAAGAGCAUGCGGCCAGCGCGCAACGAUGUGCCCUCCAUGUACAUUGAGGAAGAGGAGCUGAACGAGCUGGAGGAGGGCGGCGGACGAGCUGCUGAGAUACGCUCGCGUGUAACGCCCGCCACAUCGCAUCUGUGCAGCGGCGCUGGCGUUGGCUCCAGCGGCGGCGCCAUUGUUGGCAUUGGCGGGCCCCAUCAUUACAUCUCCGAGAGCUUCAUACAGUAUGCGCAGCCCAGUCUAAACGGCGAUGUGCUGUUGCCUUUGCUUGUGACAAGCAGUCAGCCGUCCGGCCGUUACCGUCGAGCUGCUGCACCACACUCAGCCACAAUGUCGAAUGUGGUUGUGGCCAUGCCACCUACAGCAGUUGCCAAGCUGUGUGCCACUACUUCAACUACGGCUUCGUCUUCACUCGCUGCCUGGCCGCCCAAAUACCCGGAUCUAAUAUUGCCACGCGGCGAAUUGGAAUUUACGACUCUGGAUUCAACGCUAAAGUAAUUGUAAAAACAUAAUAAUAAUAACUAGCAGACACACACACAGACACAGACACAAACACACGCAUAACCCACGCGAUGCUGCACUUUGAAUACGCCAUGGGGUGAGCUUAUGCCGACUGGGCAGGCAGGCAUCAUAAUUUAUGCGCAUUUCAUUUUUAUAUAGCUGUAAAUUGUUAGCAUAAAUUUAAAUAUAUUAAUGUCAAGCAAGAAUUAGGCCAUAGCUAGGCAUUAACUACUUUUUGUAUUUGUCUCAUGUUUCAUAAGUGUCGAUAGGCUAAUGAAGAAGAAGAAGAAGUAGAUGAAGUAAGCUAAGCCGAAACAAAAAGUUUGCAUUUACUAAACAGCGCUAUAAAUACACUGCAAUCUUGUAACUGAAAUCAAAACAUAUACACAUACAUAAUUGUUGUAAAUACAGUCACACACACACACACACAAAGACAUAUAAAAAACUGUUACAUCAAUUGUAUAUAGAUAACGGGCAAACAUGAAUCAAACUGCAUUUUAAUAAUUAAGCACUAAAUGUAAUUAAUAAAGCAUUAAGUGAUUAGGCUAGUUAAUAGACAGCGUUUUAGUCAUAGGCGUCUGUGUAUUUCAAGUGUAAUUAGACUCAUAGAGCUAACUCUUAUCAACAAAAAACAAACAAGAGCAACAAAAGCAAAAUUGCUAAAUGUAAACCUAAGUAAUUUAGCAACAAUAAGUGGAGCAGCAAAACUGAAAUUGAAAUUGAAAAUAAAUACAAUACAAAAUGUAUACAGUUGCUCAUUCAGCUGCACAUGCAUUUAGUUCUGCAUGUCGUAUACGUGUUAAGCUAUGUGUAUGUGUAAUUCAGCAAAACCGUUCAACCAUUUAUAUCAACAAUAACCAUUAUACAUACUUAUGCCCAAAGUUGCACUGCAGCUGACAAAAGCCUAAGAGAUUUUAAAAUAGCAAGCAAGACUUUCAAUACGUUUUUGGAGUGGACACGCCCACACAGCAACAACAAACAAGCAGCAUGAGGCGUCCAUUACUAAGCCACUAUUUAUAUAUAUGUAUAGAAAUUCAUGAAUAUUCCAUUUUUCCCAUAACAAAAGGCGAGUAGCUGGCGAGUAGGCAGUGCAUAAUGAAUAAAUGUUACAUAAAUUUACAAUGUCAAAAGCCCCGCAAAAAGGCAGAGACGAGAGCAAGAACAAGAAAAGGCAACUACCACAACAAUAAUACAAAUUAAUUCAUUGUACGUACAUACAUGUUUAUAAGCGACUAAAAAUAACCGAGCUAAAGCUACACAAAACAAGUAAAUCUUAAAUAAUACAAUAUUCAUAUAUCGUAUACAUACACUACACAUAUACAUAUGUAUGUACAUGUACUUGUAUGUGUUGGCGCUGCUCUCUAAAAAUCUUAUUUAACUGAGUGAACAUGCGACGGACGGACGGACGCAGAGACAGUCUAGCAAAAUAUACACUAUGCGUAUGCGUAACAAAAACAAAUUAAAUCAAAUUGAAAGUUCUAUUUACCACAGAGCGUACAGAGUCUCUGUAUCUUUCUCACUCUCUGAAACAAAUUACAACCAAAAACUAAACUGAUUGUUUUUAAGGCAACAUUUAGA